AUGAACAAAAACGGAACAGCUAAAAUGAAUGAUAAUCAAAUAAGAGCCGAAGGUAGAAGGUUAUUUAAACGCUUCUAUAACAUUCCUGAUGGUGUUAAUCCUAAAACUCGUAGAAGUUAUUUAAAUGAAGCCAUAGAUGCAUAUGAAGGAUUUGACAUUUCAUCAGAAAGUGAGAGGUUAGCAAGAAUGUUAAACGUUAAUAUUGAUUUUUAUUAUUGUGACCCUCAACCAGAAGACGUAGACAUAAAUAAGGUAGACUUUCCAUUAGUGGAAUCAAUAAUGAUAGAUCCAGAAUUUGAAACAGUAAAUAUUUUAUUAACACAGAGUCCAUGUGGAAAACUUCACGCUGACAGAAUUACAGACGUUGAAGCACUCACAGGAUAUAAAGUUUGCCCCUUUUGCAAAGAAGAAGUAUAUUCUAUCCGUGAUGACCCAGAAAGGAAAAACCAAAGAAGAUUUUUAAAACAUUGUGAGAAAUGUAAAGAAAAUAAUGGAAGAUUAAUUCAAGACGUUCAAUUGCAAAACACACAACAACCAUAUGCACCACAUAUCACGAAACAGAAGAUAUAUCAAUGGCUAUUAGCUCACAAUUUGCAGGAAUAUUAUAAACCAACAAGAUAUUAUAUUACUUUUGACUUCGAAACAUUAGAGACUAAAGAAGAACUUCAACUUUCUGAAUGUGCAACUUUGAACGCUUACUUAAAACCAUUUAUGGUAUCAUCAACUGUCAAAAUAAAGCCGCAAACGGACUCUUUGAGUCCUGAAGGUCUUUCAGACCGAAGCGGCGAGGUCGUAGACCGUGAUAAAACAUUUACGAGGAAUUUUUGCUUAACAUCAAGUGAUUCGUUCAUCUCUGAUUGGAUUGAAUUUUUAUUUUCAACCUGUUCAUUAGUUGCUAAAUCAAAUAUUGAACAAUAUGAAGAAUUAAUGAAGCCGCAAACGGACCAAACGGCGGGGACUUUGUCCCAUACAUUAAAUGAAAAACAGAAGGAAGCAUUUAAAGAACUUCUAGAUGAGGAAUUCAAUAAAGUGAAUAUCAUAGGUUUUAAUUCGGGAAAGUUUGAUUUAAAUUUAAUUCUUCGUGAUUUAAACACUGCAAAAUGGAAAAUAAAAUCAAUGCUGGGUUCUUCUUCUCAAUUUAAGCAAAUCAUUGUAAAGAAAACAAACUGUCCAUAUGAAUUAAGAUUUAUUGACAUCAGAAAUUAUAUAGCGGGUGGAACAUUAGACCAAUUCACUCAAGAUUUCGGAAACAAUAAAUCACGUGUUAAAUCCUUUUUCCCUUAUCAAUUCAUCACAUGGGAGAAUUACGAAGAUGAAUUAUAUAAAGUGGAACCAUUCACUCAAGAUUCAUUUUAUUCAGCAUUAACUCAAGAAACAAUAUCCGAUUCAGAUUAUCAAAUAUAUCUCAAUGAUGCUAAAAAUUUUGAGAAUAGAUUAGAAUAUUUUAUUCAUUAUUGCAAUAAAGACGUUGAAAUUAUGAUUGACCCAAUUGAUAAAAUUAUUGAAGAAACAUUU